AUGUUUCUUGAUCUCACCAAAUCACUGCGCCUGAGAUCAUUAGAAGUGAACCGUAACAUUUGCGGUUUGAGGUCAACACAGAUUGUGGCACCACAUGUUCAUUCUCUCAGAUUUAGAAACACUCACUUAUCACGUACUUUAGUUGAUGCCGCGUCUUUAACCGAAGCUAAACUAGACAUUUUCUUUCUCUCAACGGCCUUGCACUUCGAUGCUGAUUUUCUUCAAGUCACCGUGUUCAAGAUGUUAGAAAAGUUACACAACGUCGAGAAGCUUACUUUUGGAGGAAACUUUCUUCAGAUUUUAUCUCUUGCCGAGGUUCUUGGUGUUCCUUUCCCCGAGUUCAAGGUCAAAGCUUUGACUUUCGAGACAGUGAUCUUUCGAUAUGUUAUUCCUGGUAUAGAAAGACUCUUACAAAACUCACCUGAUUUAGAGAAGCUAACACUACGCGUAAAGAAUUGCAACACAAUAACGGAAGAGCAUCUUGACAAGUUCUUGAAUUCGCAAGGCUUGAAUACGGAUCAACGCUGGAGAUCAAAAGAUGGAGUCUUAUGGAACAAGUCCCAUCAGAAUGUAGAGGCAAAGCAUGUGGUUUCAUUAGUGGAACUUGUGUUUAAAAACACAAAGAUAUUAGACAAGAUUGUCCUACUGUUAAACGAACGUUACACUGGGUCUAUCUCUGGAGAGCUGGUUGCAACACUUUCUCACAACAACAAGGUCUCCACUUCGCGCUCCACCGACACAUCAGAUGGUUGGUGA